GUACACUUAAGGAUCACCUACAGAAACAGCAAAUAACCUUAGGAAAAUUUGAAAGUAUUUAAAAUUGCCUUAAAACUUUGGUAAAUGCAAAUAAUGGAUGCCCUGUUUUUCCACUUGUUUGCCAUCUUGGUUGACACGACCCGUGAAGUCACGGUUCAUGUUAACCAAGAUAGCACCCAAGGAAAAUUGUGCAAAAUACAUGUGCUAAAAAACAAAAAAGUAGGGAGAAAAAAUGGGUAAAUGCGAUUAGAUGGCACAGUGACGUACCACACGGCCGCCAUCUUGGUUGCCACGACCCGUGAACUUUGACGGGUUUAGGGGUCGCGGAAACCAAGAUGGAUGCCGUGGAAAAAAUUAAAAAAAAAAACCUCACGUUUGCUAAUGUUAGAAAAUAAAACGUUAACAAUUAUGGAAAAAUGUCCUGAAUGUAUCCCGAAACCUAACCUGAACCCUACAUCUAUCCUUACAUCUAACCUGGGUUUGGACCCUAUCCCUAAUCUGGAUUUUGACCCUAUUCCUUCCCUGGAAUUUACUCACUGUAGCAAGAAAACUAUGAAAAUGAACAAAAUCAAUUUAAAAAAUGGCCAGAAUUAAUUUAAAAAAAUUAAUAAAUAGUGAAAACCCAACUUUGACCCUAAUCCUUCCCUGCGUUUUGACCCUAACCUGAAAUCCCUAAAUCGAUCCCUAAACCUAACUUGAGACCCAAAUCUAUCCCUAACCCUAACCCUAAGCCUAAAACUGGCCCUAAAGCCGCAAUAAAAAAAACUGGCGGAAUUUACUCACUGUAGCAAGAAAACUAUGAUAAUGAACAAAGUCAAUAAAAAAUGGCCAGAGUUAAUAAAAAAAAAAUUAAUAAAUAGUGAAAACCCAACUUGCAGUUUUAUAAAAGACCCUUCUACACACUUUAUUUCAGAUUUCACGGAAAAUAAUAUUGCAUCCACAAAAUGAAUAAAAAUACAAGGCCUGCGAUGAACAAGUAUUUUCAAUCAUGGCGGAACUAACAAAAUAUGAUAAUAAGCCAACAAAUGAAAUUUAAAAUUAUAAUUAAUGAAACAAUAAAAUUUUUAUAACACGAAAUGCCAUCGGCGUAUGAGUACUAAUACAUAAAAAAAAAUAAAAAAUUCUCUAACAUUAAACAAAGGGAAGUGUCUCUAACACAGCAAUUUGAAUUAAUCACGUAAAUGACGUCAUGACAUCCAUUCUUAGCAUUAACCAAAAUGUUUACCCUUUUUUUUGUUAAAAGCUUUGUUAGUUCGUCAGGGGUGUAUCAGAUAAUUUUUUGGGUUUUUAGCAAAUCCCAAAUUUUGAGUCCCCGCACAAUUCAAAUAAAAAGAGCGAUUACCACGAUUUCCCGGAGCAAGUAUAGCCUCCGACCAUAACUCUACCCUUUAACUAUAGUAAAACAUUUUAAAAUGCAAAAAAAAAAAAAAAAAAAAAAAUUUUUUGCAGUGGUCCUAUUUUUAGUAUUACAUUGGUCACAUAAUGCUUUUUUUUUUUUUUUUAAACACGUUUUCUUAUCAAAUCCUUGUCCAGGUCCAGUAGAUGGUUGUCUUUCAGCUCAUCUGACGUGGACUGGUUUUUCCAUCGGGUAUUUUCAAAUAAAAUUCUUUCCGGACGACUUUCGUGAGAUUGUUGAGUUAGUUCAUGGAUCUUCUACUGCUCUUUUACAAAUUUGAUCUAGAACUUUCUAACAUAAAAUAACAAACAUUCCAUCGGGUAUUUUCAAAUAAAAUUCUUUCCGGACGACUUUCGUGAGAUUGUUGAGUUAGUUCAUGGAUCUUCUACUGCUCUUUUACAAAUUUGAUCUAGAACUUUCUAACAUAAAAUAACAAACGUUUUGACAUAAUUGAAAAGUAAAAAUUAAAUUAAAUUAAAAAAACAAACAACUACUUGUUCAAUACAACAAGAAACGGCAGCCAUAGAUACGUAAUUACCUAUUUAAAAAAAUAUUUCCAUUUAAAGUUUAUUAAAUUCCAAAUCAUAUGUGGCCUUUAUGAAAUAAGUUUAUAAACUAAUAUAUUUAUCACGUUACUAAUUAUUUUAUUUGUUUUCAAAUUUAAUGACGUGGCAGUUGAGACCUGCUGAUCUGUUCGUUGUGGAAAUGCAGAUAUUACCUGGCCUGCUUGCGGGUAUCGCUAUCCUGUUUCUCAUCGUAAAACCUGGUAAGAUUAAUAAGAGUUCAAAUCUUUUAAAGCUAAGAUUGUGGCAUUAUAAAUGCCCCUAUUAAAAAUGCCUUUUUUAUUUAUUUUAUUUCUUAAACCAGUGAGUUUUUUGUCCACAGCGACGUAUAACAUUACCUCUGAAAUGAUCAGACUUAAUAUCUAAUCGUGUAUUUCCCUUAAAUAACAUCACACCUAUAAAUUGCGGCGCCCCACCCCAGCCCCCACAGCCCCCCCCCCGGUCCACAACACAUGUAUAAACUUUUUAUUACAGUGUGUGAACUUAAGUCAUGACGUCAUUUCCUUCGAUAGCUCUCUGAGGCGACACGGGUUUUUUGUUUUGUUUUUAUCACUUUUAGAUGUUUAUCUGCUAAAAUAAUUUGAGGAAUAAUUUCCCUUGAACAAACUUGCGUUCAGUGGAUCAUCUAAUAAACAAAAUAUUCCAAUAACCUUCCCAGCUGUUAAACCUCUAUUAAAACUGAUGCUUGGUGCUUAUUUUAAUCAUAAAAUUUACAUUUGAUAUUCUAAAAAAAAAAAAAAAUGUGAUAGGGCGUCUUACCGUACAAAGUCUCCAAAAGUAAAUGAAUUGCUGGUCAAGUUUACUUAGUGAAGAUGCCACAAGUCUUCUUUGAAUGCAGCACUUUUUAUAUAGCUGACAUGACAGUUGGGACAAAUUGAAAACUAUUAUCUGAAAUAAAACGGAUUAUUUUUUUAUAUUUUUUUUACAGGAGAUUCCAGACUGUGGGCGACUGUCUCUAGCAGAAUCUUCUUGGAUCCUAUUGAUUUCCGCCUGGGGAAAAAAAGCUGUAGCGACGGCUACGUCCAUGGCAUUGACCAUUUUAUUCUUACUGGUUUCAUCAACGUCACCGGGUAUGAGCUUGGGAGAAUCCCUGCUUUAUUUAGCGUUUGGUUCAUCCAUCGAAUUGGCUGGUGGCCGGUAAGCUGAGUCGUAAACUUUUUCAUGCCUUUGUCUGUGUCUCAAAUUAAGCGUUCUGGUUUUUUAAAAUCAAAUUCCCUAAUCUUGUCAACACAUUUUUAGAAAGCAUUUGAAAUUUUAAACACAUAACUCCGUGGUUGGUGUUAUGGUUUACCUCAGUCUCCAGUUGAGCCUGGUUGUCAUGUGGUUGAUGUUACGGUUUGCCUCAGUCUCCAGCUCUGCCUGGUUGUCAUGUGGUUGGUGUUACGGUUUGCCUCAGUCUCCAGCUGUGCCUGGUUGUCAUGUGGUUGGCGUUACGGUUUAACUCAGUCUCCAGCUGGCCCUUGUUGUCAUGUGGUUGCAGUUACGGUUUGCCUCAGUCUCCAGCUGUGCCUGGUUGUCAUGUGGUUGCAGUUACGGUUUGCCUCAGUCUCAAGCUGUGCGUGGUUGUCAUGUGGUUGGUGUUACGGUUUGCCUCAGUCUCCAGCUGUGCCUGGUUGUCAUGUGGUUGGCGUUACGGUUUACCUCAGUCUCCAGCUGGCCCUUGUUGUCAUGUGGUUGCAGUUACGGUUUGCCUAAGUCUCCAGCUGUGCCUGGUUGUCAUGUUGGUGAUGUUAAGGUUUGCCUCAGUCUACCGGUGAGCGUCGUUAUUUAUUUUGCAAAAAGAACGACAAGCGUGGCAAUGGCCCAUUUUCAAUUCAGUACCUAUAAAUCAGAAGACGGCAUUGCGUGUAGACCGGAAAAGCGUGUAGGACGGCAAAGGGUGUAGCACGUCAAAGCGUGGAGGACAAUAAAGCGUGUAAGAAGUCUAAGCGUGGUCUGACUUUCAGCCUUUUUUUUGUCAAUUGUUUCUUUAGCCGUUUUACUCUAGGGUAUUGGUGGUGUUGAAAAAACAGAGGCCUUGACAGCAAAUAUUACGACUAGCACUGAAAUGCUACACACACUAUUCAAGAAAAUAUGGGAGGAAGAACAGAUACCGAUUGAAUGGAAAGAAGGACAACUCAUUAAGCUCCAGAAGAAAGGAGACCUUAGUUCUUGUUCUAACUAUAAAGGAAUAACCCUGCUGUCCAUACCCAAGCUAAGUAUUCAACAGAAUGCUGCUAAACAGAAUGAGGGAGGUAAUAGACACCAAUCUUAGGGACCAACAAGCAGGGUUCAGAAAAGACAGGUCCUGCACAGACCAGAUUGCCACACUGAGAAUUAUUGUGGAACAAUCUCUGGAGUGGAACUCGCCACUAUACGUCAAGUUCAUAGACUAUGAGAAGGCUUUUGAUAGUGUCGACAGACAGACUCUGUGGACGCUGCUUAGACACUACGGGGUACCACAAAAAUUGACAGACAUAAUUAAGCCUUCUUACGAAGGACUAUCGUGCAGAAUUGUCCUCGGCCUACAAACAACGGCGGCUUUUGGGGUACAGACCGGUGUCAGACAGGGGUGUCUGCUCUCGCCUUUCUUAUUCCUGCUCACCAUUGAUUGGAUAAUGAAAAUGUCCGCAGAGCAGACGAGAAAAGGUAUCUAGUGGAAAUUAUGGAAAAAGCUUGAUGACCUGGAUUUUGCGGAUGAUCUGGCCCUAAUAUCACACACACAGCAACAGAUGCAAGAGAAAACCACUUAUGUAGCACAGUACUCUGCUUGCAUCGGCCUGAACAUCCAUAGAGGAAAAAGCAAAGUCCUUAAAAUAAAUACAUCAAGCAACACACCUUUAGCACUGGAAGGAACAAACCUUGAGGCGGUGGAUAGCUUGACAUACCUCAGCAGCAUUAUUGACAUACAAGGAGGGACAGACGCCGACAUAAGUGUUAGAGUUGGUAAGGCAAGAGCGACAUUUAACCAGCUAAAAAAGGUCUUGAGCUGCAGCAAUUUGACCCUCCAGACCAAGGUCAAGGUAUUCAACACCACAGUGACACCCGUCUUGUUAUAUGGAGCAGAAACAAUGCGAACAACAGCAGCUGGUUCAAAAAAGCUACAGACGUUUGUCAACUCAUGUCUUCAAACGAUUUUACGAAUCCGCUGGACUCAUGCCAUCACCAACGAGGAUCGCUGGCGGUGCACACAACAAGAACCAAUGGAAGAGUUAAUCUGCCAGCGCAGAUGGAGAUGGAUUGGCUACACCCUGAGAAAGCCCGCAUCAAGUAUCACAAGACAAGCCCUGACUUGGAACCCCCAGGGCAAGAGAAAAAGAGGUCGACCCAAAACGACUUGGAGAAGAGAACUGAAGGCAGACACCAAAAAGAGUGGGCACAACUGGGGACAGUUGGAGAGACUUGGCCAAGACCGGGAUGCCCGGAGAGCCUUGUUUGUGGCCUGUGCCCCAGACGAAACGAGAGGCGAUGAUGAGGAUGAUGAUGAUUGGUGUUGUACCCUCUCCACUUCUCCGUCAUUUGGUUUCCAAGUGUUCCACCAGCGUAGCCAGCCCAGCGUAGCCAGCCCAGCGUAGCCAACCCAGCGUAGCUAGCCCAGCGUAGCCAGCCCAGCGUAGCCUGCCCAGCGUAGCCUGCCCAGCGUAUCCAGCCCAGCGAAGCCAGCCCAGCGUAGCCAACCUAAUUUUUAAAUUUCUGCCAGCAAAGUGAGAUCCUGAAAUAAACAAUACAAUUCCUAAUUGGUAUUGUCCAUCCAAAUUCAUCCUUUUUUGGUCCAUAUAUUUUUCGGAUAACUUUUCUCUCCCAUGUGCUUAAUUAAAAUGUUUUUUUGUCGUUAUUGCUAGUGACCAAGUUCCACUUGUGCAUGUUACAACUGGUCUGGUUACAGUGAUAUAGAUAACUUUGCUUUGUUUUUUUUUGUUGUAAUGACUUAACAAAUGAGUACUUUCAUACUACUGAAAUAUUCCUUGUAUCCAGCUGAUGCCCUUUCAUUGAUUUCUGUUCAUAAUUUGUUUCUUUUAUUUGAAAUAGAUACUAGACACUUGAAUUUUGCUUGACUUUUCAAAAGUGACGUUUCUAAUUUUAAUGAAUUCACAUGUCUGUUCUUCUCUCAUCAUAGUCAUGUAGUUGAAUGUUUUAAAAAAAUAAUUUAGUGCAAAAAUUAAAAAUUAAUUAUUGUUAACCCACGAAAAAGUAAAAUGAAGAUUUGUUGUUAAAAAUAAAAAAAAUAAAAAAAAUAGAUUCAAUUUUAGUGCAUGUCAGAGCCGUACCAUUCGGGUGCCGAUAUGGGAGACUGCCCCGGUAGAAGGUCGCCAAGACAAUUAUGUUUUUUCCAUUUUGCAGAGUUGCCAUUACUUUAGUUCUAUUUUGAAUAUUUUAAAUUAUAGGCUCUAUGUCUUGAACGCAGUCAACAGUCAGUACAAAAGUAACAAUACACUAACAGCAGUUAGUACGAAAAAGUAACAAAACAUUGUCAACAGUUAGAACAAAAGUAACAAUACACUGUCAAUAGUAGGUACAAAAUUAAAAUAUAUUUUAAUAGUUAGUCCAAGAGGAACCAUAGAUUGUCAACAAAAAGUAAAAAAAAAAUACAAUACACUGUCAAAAUGUAGUAAAAAAGAAAGAAUACACCGUUAAAAAUGUAGUAAAAAAAGUAAGAAUACACUGUCAAAAUGUAGUAAAAAAAGGAAGAAUACACUGUCAAAAUGUAGUAAAAAAAGUAAGAAUACACUGUCAAAAUGUAGUAAAAAAGUAAGAAUACACUGUCAAAAUGUAGUAAAAAAGUAAGAAUACACUGAAUGCAGGAGAGCAUUAGACUCAUGUCAGAUCAUUUAAAUUGGAAGCUGUAUUUCAAUAGCCUAACAACUCAUUAGCAAUCUGUACAAACUGGCAAACUAUAGGUAUAUUCAUUCUUUCAAAUUAUUAUAAAUAUAUUCCACAGAAGUUUGUAAAAAAAAUUAAUAACUAAAGUGGCUAUUUGCAAUUUAGCGUAUUUCCAUUUAUGUUCAAAUUCUUUUAGUGCUCCCCCUUCGGAAGGGUUGAGGGACUUUGGGGGGGGGGGGUUGUUAAGCAUUCACUUUACGGUUGGGCGGACCGGGGGUUAAGUAUUCACCAUUCAAUCAAAGAGGGUGGGGGAGGGGGGGGGAGGGCGCUAUUAGGCAUUCUCUUUACGUCUGGGCUGACCGGGGGUUAAGUAUUCACCAUUCAAUCAAAGAGGGUGGGGGAGGGGGGGGAGUGCGCUAAACUUGAGAGGUCAUACAGGGCACAAAAAUGCAUUAUUUUUUCGGUUCUGGUGUAAACACAUUGGUCGAAUGUUGAUGUUUUUUUUUUAAUCAUGUAUUUUCUUGAUUUAGAUAAAGGGUGCCUUAUAUAACCUGGGGAAAGACGAAUGCACUGUUCUGCAAAACAUCCCACCGGAUCAAUGCCGAUGUCAAUACGAGACGUCAAUUAUCAUCCGCCUCAAGUGUAAUUUAACGGCUCAAAAUAAAUACUCGUAUAAACCGUUUGCCCUGAAUUUGAUCACAAAAGGUUAUGAUUUUAGCGAUUACAUGACUAUGAACAUGGUGUACCAUAAGUAGACAGAUUUCUCAUUUGUUUUGAAGACGUUUAAAAAACCGCAUGUGUUAAUUUUUGCAAAGGGUCUCGAAAUGUUAGAUCGGGCCUUAUUGAUUAGCACGCUAACCGCUGGCAGCCAAAUGAAGACCACAUGCGUAAGUCAGGACUGGAAACUCAAUGUUUUAUAUUUGAGAUCUCUGAUGGCGCGUUUUGCGUUGUUUUUUUUUUAAUGGGAGAAAAAAAAAAUCACAAAGGGCCUAGAGAGGGCUAAACCGUUCAGCAUAUUCCCCACUCUCAGUAAGCGGUGCCUUAACUGUGUAACCGAUGUAAAGGGAAUGAUAGAAGGCCUUAUUCCAAAGUAAAUGCUAUACUGAUAAUAAUCUUGAGGAUGCAAGUCCUAUCGGACCAUCAAGGUGAUGCUAAAAGUACAUAUUACAAAGCAGCAUGAAAGCUGUCAUAAUCGAACUUGACGAGUGAGAGAUAAUCGCUUAUGCCCGUUCAGGAUGGUGAACAGUAGUGUAUUAGGGAGUUAAAGUUUUAAAGGUUAAAAUGAGUCUCAUCUCUCCUUCGGAAACUGCAUACAAAGACUGUCAUUAUAUAAUCGACUUCAUAAGUCAUAAGCCAUUCAAAAGUUAAAAAAAAAAAAAAAAAUCUACACCAUCGUUUUCACGAACAUGGAAAAUGUCGUAUGGAAGGUAUACUCUGAUGAAAGAAUGUUCAAUUUUUCGUUUAUAUUUAAAUUUUAUGUAAAGUUACGAUCAUCUCCUCACAACUUGCAUUACUGUUGAAAACGUUACCAAAAAGUUUGCAUCCCUUUUGAAAGUCGUUUACGUAAACAAGAGCUUUGAACAGACCACUAUUCCGUGCACAGUCAAAACAAACACACAUCUUCUUCUUCUUUAGCUUGUCCUUGAAAAUAAGAGAGAGCAAGUGCGCCAAACAUUUGUCUGAUCAAUUGUUCUUAAAUUAUUUUUGCUUUGAGUCUGAUCUACACUCGCUGUAGAGCAUCGAAGAUAUAAGGAGCAUCCCAGUUGUUAAAGAUCGAUGAGCGCUCCUUUGUGUUAACCGACAUUCUCUAAAUCUGAAGGCGUACUCACCACUACUACUGGAGCGGUAUUUGCGUUAGUGGCUGUGUUGGCAAUAUGUUCAACUAGUCCAAUGGUCGUUUUCGUUCGAAUCGUUGAAUGUCAUUCAAAAAGUUGGGUUAACGCUUAUGCUUCAACUUGCUGAACUGAACAAAUAGCAUUAAAAUCAGUCAUCAGAGUGAUGGCCCGUUGAAUGUAAUGUAGAAGUUCGGCUCCCCGCAAAGAGAGUACUAUGCCCUUGAUUCUGGAGAUGAGUCUGUGGCUUUUACUUUAACUUAUUUCGUAAAACAAGGUAGCUCUCUAGCCCCGAAACUGCUAUAAUCUGCUAUGCUUUCUAACUUUCCAUAAAAGCAUAGAGAGCAUAGAAGAUAAGACCCUAUGGCGGCACUCAUGUAGGAUACAGGACAGACGGGUGGAUACUAAAACUUCGGAUAUUGUAAUUGGUUUUAAAAAUAAACGAUUGUAGUAGAUCUCUUGUGGACAGAUGGCUCGGCCCUAAAUGUAAGCCCGGACAUGAAAAUAAACAAAAUAAUUGAUCUCUUUCAUAUUGCUAGGGCCUGCUACUACUAAAGCCUCGUAACCAAAAUAAAAGAAUACAGAUAUAAUGCACGUACCAGAGACAGAAAAUCUAAAAAUAAACUUAACAAAUCAGGAACGGUACAGAAACUCUAUGGAUCGGACUAGUUCCCACAUUCAUGCACCGCCUCACCCUAUCUCACGGUCAAAAACAUUGGAAGAUGAGGUAAACAACACAGUUUUACUUUGAAUAUCGUAUUAAACAAACUAAACAUGGCGUCUAAGAGCAAGGGUUCUCAUUCUUGUCACUAAGCUGAAGGUACAUAGCAUCACUGUAAUUAACGACUUCCCUAUGCUCCCGAGAGAUUUUGACAGUGUAAAGCAGACAUGCUGUUUGUAUAAACCAUUUCCACGUGCCCUGAUUAAGCAAACGUCUUGACAUAUAAUUGCAGGACGAAAGCCGUGAAAAUGAAACCAUAAAAUCUUGCUGACUUAAGCAGCAUCCACACGGUCUUAAGUAAAGGACCGAUCUUUUAACCCUUAUCAAUUCCAGAACGUGAUUUUCUCUGUUUAAAAUGUUUAAUAAAAAGAUUCUUGUUUUUUUAAUUUUUAGCCAAUAGUUCUUGUGCACGGGCAGCUUCAACAAACGGAGGUAACUAAAGUUAUUUAAAUAAACCACGUCAGUCUUUAUUAAUUGUACUUUUUAUUAUUCCAUUUACUUUUCUUUAACAUGAAACGGCUGUUAUAAUUUUUUUCCUUUCCUACCUCUCCAAAAUUCUGGAGUGGCUAUCAUAGUUUGAGGAAGUAAAUGAUUGAUUUUAACUCUCAACUGCAUCUAUGUUAGAAUUUAAAAAAAAAAAAAUUGAUUACUUAACAGGAACGAGCUCACAUGUCGGGUACAACGGAAUGCCUGGUAUGUAUUGUAUAUCUUAUGUUGAUUACCAGAAUGGCUUUGAGUGACUUUGACUAUGAGAUAUAACAUAUAGCAUUGUCUAUUUUAAUAAAUGCCUCAAACAUACGAAGCGAAUUUAAUUGCAUGAUUGUUUAUGUUUUAAGGAUCGGGAGAGUGGGGUGGUUCCUCUACUGUUAAAACAUUUUAUUCGAAUUCUUUGCCAAGGUUGAAAAUUGGACGAAAUGGAUGUUAGAGUCCACACGAUCUUAUAAAGAAUUAUGGUGCCAGAACAAGUAACUCUUAAAGUUAAAUGUCGAUGCUAAAACCUCGUUCACUAAGAUAAAGUGCAAAAUGGAUUUAUUUGAUAAAGUUAUCAAAUGCAUUACUUUGGUUUCCCUUUCAUUUGAUUGCGGUUCUCUAAUAGCUGACAUUGUUCCAGGAAUUGACUCUGCUUUAAUGAGAUAGUGCCGUGGCAUCCAUUCACCUUCCUUACAUUGACUUGAUCACUAAAAUGCUCAAAAAUGUAUUGUUGACAAUUGAACACUUAUCUAAUUACAUUUACUUUAAACGUCUUAACAGGUCUCAUCUUUCUGGUCACGGCUUUGGUCUGCACUGUUACAUCAAUGGUUUCCAAUGGUCAGUGAACCCAUAGAUAGUACAGCUGGAUGCUGGGGGCAGUUUGGAUCAACGGAAAAGAUAGCAUCUCCUGGUAGCGUAUAUCUCAUCAGCUUAAGCAAAAACGCACUUUCAAGGAAUUAAAUUCAAAAUAAAAUAAAAUGAAAAAAAAACAACAUCUGGGAGCAUUUGAAGUAUAACAAAAUAUAAAUAAGAAAACCACUAUAUGGAACAAGGGGAAGUAUAACAAAAUAUAAAUAAGAAAACCACUAUAUGGAACAAGGGGAAGUAUAACAAAAUAUAAAUAAGAAAACCACUAUAUGGAACAAGGGGAAGUA